GCAACCGCCAAAAUUAUUUUCAAUUUUUAUAAAUUUUUGUUUUACGAGUUUAAAAUUAGUAAAUAAAUAAUGAAUUAAUGAAAGAAUUAUAAAUCUUCUUAAAUAUCAUUUCAUCAGCACAUUUUUUUCGUUUUCAUAUUUUAGUUCACUUGAUUAUGUGUGUAUUUUAAGCUCAAAACUAUAAACGUGUACGAAAUAUUAUUUGAAGCAAAUUAAAAAUGGAUAAUACGCCUGUUAUUAGUUUGUCAUCGAAAGCACUUGCAAACAUUAUAGAACUUAUCAAAAUGAUGACUGGAUUAAAAAACUUUAAUGAAGUCUAUCUGAAAUACGUUCAAAUAAUAAAUAAUUUGCAUAACAUAUAUUAUGAACAUCCUAAACAAACAGAUGUUGAAUAUUAUGUUAAGGGACUAAUAGAAAAGUAUCAUGUCCAGGGAUUUCCAUUGGAAGCUAAAGAAUUUGAAAUGCGUAUUCACCGAUUUAUUAAUUAUUCAAAUAUCAAUAAUCGCUCUAAACUAUCAUCUGAUGUUAUAAAAUGGGCAAUCAUAGGGAUGAUAAUUAAUAUGGCUAAUAAUCCUUGUGGGUCUAGAAAUGCUUUUCGUAAGACUAAUUUAGACACAGUCAGAAUUGAAUUAGAAGGCGAAACUGCAGUACUUGGGGAUUCAUGGAAAGCUGAUUUUAUACAAGAGUUACUAAGCAUUGGUAAGACUUCUUACUGUAUAGAGUCUGAUUCUGAAACAGAUUAUGAAGAUGAGGCUGAUUUUUGUUCAUUAAGUGUUGUAUCACCACAGAAUAUUAAAGUUAAUGGAAUAAAAGAUAGAAAUAAUUCUCUAACUAGUAGGGAGUAUCUUAAAUUAGUUUUUUCCCACGAGAAUAUAGCUAGAAAUUUAUUGAUAAAACGAGUUUCUCAAUUAUGGUGGCUCAAUGAAUCUGAAACAAUUGCUAAAAAGGGACAAUAUUCUUUUUAUUUUAAUUUAAAAAAAUACAAAAAUAACAAAAUAUUUAAAAUUAUGGAUGAUAAUUUCAUUAUACUUGAGUGUUUAAAAAACAAUUCAACUAUAUCAUAUAUUCUUCGAUACAGUUUAGAAGAACAAAGUAAAUUAUUUGGAUGGAUUACUAUUUCAUCAUCUAUAUCACCUGAGGUAUUUAAUAGAUGGAUUUUAACUAUUUCACCAUACAUAAAAAAAAUUAACCAUCUAAUAAAAUUCACAUGUCAUUUAAAAGGAUUAAAAAAAGUACCUUAUACAUUAAGAGCAUAUGCUAAAGGAUUGGAGUGUAUUUUAGAACCAAUUAUUAAUAAAAUGACUGUUAUUGAAAAUAGAAUUAAAAAUUGUAUUGGUCACGACACAUUAUUAUCAUUUGAACAAGAAAUGUAUAUGCAUUUUCAAAUUAUUUCUUUUGUUUAUUCUGUGCAUUCAAAAGCUAUAGAUUCAAAUUGGGAGUCUACUGAUAAUUGGAAAACUUCAAUUAAAUUAAUUUCAGUAUUAUUUUGGUCCAUUCAAACUGCAAUUAUUGAUUACCAAAAAUUAAUUGUUGUGUCAUUAUUCUUAUAUGCAUUUGAACCUUAUGUACAUAUGACAGAAUUAUGGAUUCAUGCCGGACAGUUAGUUGAUGAGCAUAAUGAAUUUAUUAUAUAUAAUUAUGAAGGAGACAGUAGUAUAGCAUUCAAUAUAUUCUUUAAAGAUAUACAUGAAUAUUUAAAAGAUUGUAAUUUAAGUGUACCGCCAAUUCUUGAAUAUUUAAUUCAUUUUUUAAAUAAUUGUGAUUGGAAAGUGUUUGUAGCAUCAGAAAUGAGUAAUGAUGCUAUUGUCUUAUGUGAAGUUCCUAGAGGUGAAUUGUUUAAUAGUUUUUUGAUCGAAUUAAAAAAUUCUAAUACCUUCUGGAAAAAUUACAUUAAUCCUUUGACUGAGUAUAAUCCUUCCAACUGGAAUAAAUUUCCAUUGUUAGCAUCAGCUUGUGUCCAUUAUAAAUUUACUGAUAAAUCAACUUUUGAAUUGGCCAUACCUUCAAGUUAUGAAAUGGUAGAUAUGUUUUUAUUGGUUAUUCAAAAAGCUAUAAAUAAAAUUGGACAGGAAGUCGGAGAUAUUGUUCUUAAGAAAAAUAAAUUUGUGUAUCAUUUGAAGAAUUUGUACAAUAUAAUUUUUUUGGAAGAUGUGAAUAAGUCUGUUCAAAUUGAUCGAGUUAUGGAAUAUAAGAUUGAGCGAAAUUCAUUUUUGAACAAUUGUUUUUAUUCACUUCUCAGUGAUGACCAUAGUUCAAUUUUAUCUAGUAAUCAUUCAUGUAAUUUAUCACUGAACUAUAAAACUGAAAAAAAUAAUUUUUUUGGAGAAAAUGAUGUAUUCAAAGAUAAUUUUGCUGAUGAACUUGAACGCAUUACAAUUACUUAUGAUGUAAAAUUUCCAUUAAGCCUAAUUUUAACUAAUGAGGUGAUUUUUAACUAUAACAAAAUUUUUCGUUUAUUAAUAACAGCCAAGCAAGCUGUUGCAAUGAUUUCUCAGUUACAAACUAAAGAUUUAAAUAAGUAUAAUUACUCAUUAGAUGUGAAGCGAAUGUAUUUUAUUAGAUUAUGGAUUAUGUCAACUACUUAUAAACUACAAACAUACUUCUUCAGUGUUGCGUCAAAAUAUCUGGGCUCUAAACUAUUUGAAAGUAUUAAAAAUGUAAAAAAUGGUUUGGAUGCUUUUGAAAAAGUACUUGAAGAUCAUGUUAGCCAGGCUAUUAGAUUAUGCAUGUUAAGUGGUUCAAUGGAAAAAUUUUCUUAUGAGUCAUUGGCAUUGUUAUGGAAUGCAUGUGAGCAAUUUACAAAAUUAUGGAUGAAAAGUGUAUUAGAAGACAAUAUUGAUGUUGAAUUAAUGGAAAAAAUUGAACAAGAAUAUGUAGAUUCUUGUUGGAAAUUAGCAAGUAGUUUGGACACAUAUCUUUUAUCUGAGGAUGAUACAUCUAGUAUUUUAUUUGAAUUUUGUCGAGAUUUUAUGUCAAGUAUGCCGACCAAAGAAUCAGCUGAUCUUGAUGGUAGUUUGGUUUACAAAUUGAGCGAUUCUCGGAAUCGAUAUUCUUUUACAUAUAUUUAAACAUAAUUAUUAGAAAUUUAAAAAAAUAAUAUAUUAUGAAUAACAUUCAUUUGUACUUUUUCACAUGAAUGAACCAGUUUUCAAAGAAUAAAAAAAAUUGUUAUUGUAAAUAAUUUGUAUAGAUUUUUUAUU